AUGAAUUCUGCAAAAGCACUCCGUUUAAAAAGUAAAAUAAACUGGACAUCUAGUCAAUUUCUUUUCCACCCUCGAAGAAGUCGCACAUCUGCUUAUGAUUUAAAUGCUUUAACUGCAAUUGAACAUUAUAUGCAGAAAAUAUUGCCUGAUGUUACAAUUAAACAUACACCAACUAAAGUAUUAUUUCAACAAUAUUAUUAUACUAGUCCGAUACCAACACAACGACGUGGAUUUGAAGAUAUUACUAAUGGAUCUUCAAGUGAAGAAACCAAUAAAGAUAUAUUUAAUCCCAUGGCUUUAAAUAAACUUAAAGAUCGUUUAUCUCGAUUAUAUAACAAAGAAGUCGAAUUUACUUUAAUUAAACAAAAUUAUCCAUACCUUAACAGCAAAAUUUUGGCUCAAUAUAUCGCUUUAAAUGCUUCACGUUAUAGGUUUAGACAAAUUCGUCGUUCUCUUUUCAAAAAAAUUCCUUUAGUUGGUGGUAAGCAACAACAAAAUAAUCUUAACGCUACUUCUGCACUUAAAUGGGUCCAAUUAUCACGUCUAGGUCAACAAAUUCUACCAACUCAUCUUUCUGGUGUGAAAGUGCAAAUUUCUGGUAGAAUGGGUUUUCGUAAAGGUUCUUCUAGAACUAGUGUAAUUAAUAAAUCUAUAGGUAGUUUUAGAUUUCAUUCUUUAAAGAAUACUAUGAUUGAUUACGCAAAAGUUGAACGUAAAAAUCAAAAUGGCGCAUAUUGUGUUAAAGUUUGGCUUAGUUCUUCGGUAGUUUUAUAG